AAGCUGAUGUGUUAUUCCUUCUCUUCAUCGAAGGAUCAGGAAGUUUGUGUUCUCUACGUGGCUGAGAAGUUUUUCACCCACUAGGAUCUGGGCGGGGCGGGGUGGGUUGGGGUGGGUUGGGGACAGGUGUCCCCCUAUAAAAUAUAGCGCAAGCUGUGGUCUGCGUCCAGCUGUAACCCAGAAAUAAUAUCAGAAAUAAAUAAGAAUGACCACUUUAACUCACCGUACCCGUCGCACUGAAGUAGGCAAGAACUCUGAGAAGAAAGUGGAAAGUAAGGAAGACACUAAUGAAGAGAGGAAUCCAGACAGUGAAGACUCUGGAGACUCUAAGGAUAUCCGCCUCACACUUAUGGAAGAAGUAUUGCUGCUGGGACUAAAGGAUAAAGAGGGUUACACGUCUUUCUGGAAUGACUGCAUAUCAUCUGGCCUGAGAGGAGGCAUUCUAAUAGAACUGGCCAUGCGGCGUCGAAUCUCUUUGGAACCGCCAACCCUGCGUAAGAAGAGACUACUAGAUAGAAAGGUACUGAUAAAGUCAGACAGCCCAACAGGUGAUGUCUUACUAGAUGAAACACUCAAGCACAUUAAAGCAACUGAACCCACAGAAACUGUCCAGACAUGGAUAGAGCUACUCACUGGUGAGACCUGGAACCCUUUCAAACUACAGUACCAGCUGAAGAAUGUACGAGAGCGAAUUGCAAAGAACCUAGUAGAGAAGGGUAUUCUAACCACUGAGAAGCAGAAUUUCCUUCUAUUUGACAUGACCACUCAUCCAGUAACCAAUACCACAGAGAAACAGCGACUAGUGAAAAAACUGCAAGAUAGUGUACUAGAGCGGUGGGUAAAUGACCCUCAGCGAAUGGACAAGCGAACACUGGCACUCCUGGUGCUAAUUGGUGUUUUAGCUUGCCAGUCACUUUUACAGAACCCACCUCCGGCCCGCGACUAUUAG